CCCAGCCACCGACCGACACGCAUAAGAACCACUCACUUCAUUCCUCCCUCUUGCCGCUGAUCCGCAUUGGAUCAGUCGCCUCCGUCACUUCUCUGCUCAUCUGCAUGUAACCCUCCACAGCCGCACCGUACAGACGGAAGUGCCACGCAGCCUUCUCUUCCUCCCCCUCGUUGUAGAAGUACUCGGCCACCUUCAUGCGCUCCAUCGGCACCUCGCCAACACGCCUCUUGCGGCAGCGGAAAAGCGCCACGAGACUCCCGAGGAUGCCGCGCUUGUCGUGUUUGACAAGAGGCGGCUUCAUGGCAGGGUGCUCCUUGCCUUCAAGCCGCUUGGCGAAGUAGGUCACGCGGAAUCGCUUCGUGUUGGGGACAAGCGGCUCAACGGAAGUGGGAUAGUCGAGGGCCUGAUGCACACACAAGUGACGGGCGCAGUAAUCGGGUGCAGGCAGGUGCUUUAAAUCUGUUUGCUGUCUGUGGUCACUCACCAGCUGUAUGGCCUCUUCGGGUAGGCUGGGCAGGGAUGGGUCGAAGGCGUGGAAGAAGGUGUGACGCACAUGGUCAUGUCGGGGAUGUUUCCUGUUGACCAAUACCCACAUAUUCUGUGUGUGACACAACACAACACCACACAACACACACACGGACAGAGAGAACGAAACCUUGUCUUCUGCCUGCCUGCAUUUUGUCUUUCGGUUCGGUGGAUUGGAUGCUUACGUAUGGUGAAGUGCAGUAUGUGGUGCAGAGGUAGUGCUCCAGCAGGUGCAUCUCCAGCUCGACGCCAUCCAGCUGACCCAGACGCUCCAGCACCGGACGGAACACGCCAUCCACCACCUUACCCGCACCGUCAACCCACUGCCCGUAUCUGUAGAUAGCAACCAGAGAGUCAGUCAAGACGCGCCCAUCCAUCCAUCCAUUCUUUCUCCAGCGCCUCGCCCACCCGAUGAGAGCGCAUGGUUUGAGUCCCAGCAGCACGAACAGAAAGUCCCCGGCCAGACUCUGGUCGGCCGUCGUCGCCGGCACAUCAUGCUCCUCGUCGAGCGCCUCCCAGAACGGGAUGCCCACCAGCCUGCAGCAAAGCAACCAACAACCAGUCAGACACACAGACACACAUGACGUGACACGCAGCCGUCUCCCCGCUGACCGCGACGGCUCACCUCUUCAUGUCGACACAGUUGAGGUCGUCAAAGAACUUUUGCUCAUAAGCCCUGAAGGUUUCGUAUGACUCGAAGAUGCGGGCCUUGGUGUCCGAUGCCAGCUUUGCAGAGGGGGCGUCCUCGAGCCUGAUGCCAUCUGGCUGCAGGAUGGCCUCGGACGCCACCACCUUGCUGCAUGACUCGAACAACGCCAGCAGCUCCUCGAGCCGCCUCUUCUCGGCCACCCUGCACACACAAGACAGACACAGAGACCAACGGAAGGGAUGUCCAUGCCGCCUCUUUCCCCAGUGUCUAUUUGUCGUACCAGUCAAGUCCAGAUCUCAGGGUCUUGAUGGCCUCCUCGUGCUUGCCCUGCCUCAGCUCAAUGAACGCCUUGAACUCAUGUGUCUUCUCAUACUCAGGGUCCAGCGCCUUGGCCUUGACGGCCGCCGCGUGGGCGUCGUCGAGCCGCCCCACUGACAACGCGCACAGUGCCUGGCAAGCGAAGCACAUAGCCACCUGAUUGCUGUCCAGCUGCGGGAAGGAAGACGCCAGCUCGGUAAGGAAAUCAAAGCAGGCGAGUGCGACCGCCCAGCGGCCCUCAUUCAUCUGCCCCACAGCAUACUGGAACCGUUGAUGAAACUGCACACACACGCGCGCAACAAUGAUGGUGUGUGCACCCGAGGGCAGCAGUGCGUAAGUUUUCUCUGCUCACUUGCAGCAGAUCUUCCACGGGCGCCUGCGAAGGCGUCGGCGGAGACGUCGACGCCGUGUCAGCGGCUGAAUCGGUUUUGUUCUCCCCGUUGCUGCUCGACAUCUUUGGACCAAAACCUUCCAUUCGUUGCCAGUGC